AUGGAAAUAGGAAGAGCAUGUACAGCUGAACCACCUAGUGCUGAAAUGAAUCAGAGCAAAAGUUCCAUUACAGUAGUUAUUGCUAGGAAUCCUCCAGAUGUUUACAACAACUGUCCAAAAUAUCCAGUUUUUGAUCCUUCAUUCAACUGUCCAUUUCCUGGAUGGUGUUUAGAAAUUUUGAAAAUGAUGACAGAUUACUUGAACCUUCAGAUUGAACCGAUAUUGAGCCCAAAUGCUAUUGGAGCUUUGAACUGGGGAACUUAUGAGAAUAAUCGAACUUGGACUGGAGUUCUCGGCUAUCUCGCCAAUGGCACGGCUGAUACGGCUUGUCUUCUUUAUCAAAGAACUGAUCUGAGGGAACAGCAUUUCGAUCUUUCUUACCCUGUUAUAAAUGUGCAACCCAUUUAUGUGGUACGCCGACGAGUUGAGAAUAUAGGGUCUGUCCUUUGGAAUGCCUUCAAGCCAUACUCCACAGAAACUUGGCUUGUUCUUUUGGGUUCACUGAUUUUUCAAAUUUUGAUCAUGAUUUUCAUAUCGAGAGUUGAGUUUCUCAUGGGGAAACGGAAACGAUUUCGACCAUUAGAGAUGGUUUGGAACGCCGUUCAGUUACAGUUGGAUGAAAAGAGUGAUGAUAUGACUUUUUUUUCAAUUGCUGGGAACAUCGUUCUCUUCAUGUUUUCUCUGUUACAAGCAGGAUUUUUCAUUUAUUUAUAUGAAGGCCUGCUCCUGUCUGCACUUCUGCGAGGAGGAGAAAAAGAUCCAUUCAAGGACGCCGACGGAGUAAUUAAACUGAUUAGCGAAGGAAAGUAUCAUUUGACAACUAAUUAUAUCGGAAAUUGGUAUUUUGAUGAGCUGUAUAAUUCGAAUGCAUCCCAUUUUGUAUCCCUGCGAAAGGCUAUAGAAUUCAAUCCGGUGGUAGUAGCUUCUUCUGUUUCGGAAGCAUUAGAUUUGGUGGAAAAAGGUAAUCAUAUAUUCCCAAUUCAAGAAGAUAGUGUUGCUCUUCAAAUGAGUCGUCAACGGUGUAAUUUGGUUUAUAUUAACGAAGGAUUGCCACAACGUUCAGCUCAUCUAGCUUUUUCUAAUGACAGUUAUUUUCUUGAAAUGUUCAAUAACGCUAUCAUUAUGCAAACAAGUUUCAUUCACAGAACGUUCAGUAAAUACUUCUUAGAGGGAUUUAAGUUGGACACUCUACCCAAAUGCGAUGAUGCUGAGUUCGGAACUCCAAAAGCUAAGAAGGCUCUGGAUUUACCAUCUGUCAUCGGUUGUUUCACCCUGGGUGGCUUGGGCUUCCUAAUAUCUAUCGGCGGAUUCAUGUCAGAGGUCUAUGUUUACUGGCAUCGAAAAAUGGUGGCGAGGCAUCGACGAAAUCGUAAAGCAUUUGCUGAUGUUGGAAACUUGCUGGGAUUAGCAAAAGUACAUUUUGAGGCACCUAAGAAGGACAACAUCAAUCUCGUUAACUUGGCAAAAAUUCGAAUAUCUCAAGAUUCUCAGAAUGGCUUUGAUGCUGAAUGGACGAAAUUCUGA